UAUAGAAGUGUUGGGGGCAGUCCAGCAGAUGCCUCAGUGAAAUCUCACCAAGGGUACAUUUGUUACAAAGGUGCCAUUGCUACUGUAUAUUGUUCCUAGUGCUUGCAGAGACUUUGGGAAGUAAAAAUUGAAAGUGCCACAUGCAUUUAUCCCCAUUUUCUUAUUUGUCAUUAUCCACCUUUAAAAAAAAAGAAAAUUUUAUUUCUUAAUUUUUAAAGAAAUGGGAAGGGAGGGAGAAAGAGAGGGAGAGAAACAUCAGUGUGUGAGGGAUGCAUCAACCAGUUGUCUCUCACACACCUUCAACCAGGGACCCAGCCCACAACCCAGGCAGGUGCCCUGACUGCGAAUCAAAGCAGUGACCCCUUGGUUUGCAGGCCAACACAGUCCACUGAGCCACACCAGCCAGGGCUUUUAUCCACCCCUUUUCCUCCUUGCUUUUAACAAGAAAAUGAGACAUUCUAGAGAUAAGAGGGAAUGGUAUUCUAAUUACUUUGUCCUCUCUUUUUCUGUAAACCCAGUUUAAUUUUCCAGUAUAGAAACAAAUGUUUAAUAAAACUUAGAUAUCAAAAAGUGUAAUAAGAGACCAUGUGAGCUCUCUUAUGCUCUACAGCAACUGGUUUUAGUUUUUAAGUUCAUUAGACAUGAAUUUUAAGUUAUAAGUGGAUAUGAUUUUUAAAGAGUUUCAGUUUUUAAGGUUAUGUUCCAUGUGAGAAUUUAUAUUUCAUUGUGAUUAAGCUGUAGGCUCUAGGCUUUAUAUAAGAUAAAACAUUUGAGCUUACCUUUGUACUCAGAUAUGAGAAAAAAUAUGUAUGUACCUUAAAUGAGGGGGAGACUAAAUUACUGAGAGCUCUGAAAGUUAAUGGUACUGGGGUUGGCCAGAAUUUCCUUCAUGAAGCUUCUGCUGUGGUUCUGGAGUGAUUCAUAAGUUUUAUUCUCUUCUCUCCAGUGCCAAUAGGACUGAGAAUCUGAGUUGGUUAAUAUCCAUCUGACAGUAUUUAAUCUGUCCCUCAGGAGUUAAAAAGAAAAAAUCUGUACACAAGCAGUUGAUGUAAGAGUGACUUUUACUCUUCUGAAAUAUAUAAUAAAUAACUAAUAUAUAUUUAAAUAUAUAUAUUUAGUGUGUCUCUUAGGUUUUUGGGCAGAUCUUACAGUGUUAUAUACUUGGUUAGGAGACUGUUCUCUUCAGAGGAUAUUCUAAGCAAGUACAUUUCUGUUAACACAAUGAUUCUGAGCUAAGGAAGAAGCAGAGUUGGUCUUUGGUCAGACCUAUAAAGAGAAUAAGAUUAUAUUUAGAUUUUACUAUAAAGCUAACGGAGCAAACACAAUACUCGCAUUUAUGCAAAUACUCACUGGAUUAGUGAGCGACUGAAAAAAAGCCCUUUGGACUGUCUACUAGUAGGAAUAAUCUCUUUGAGAGCAUGGAGUUUGUAAGCUCUAGUAUAGCGUGCACCUUGAAUAGGCACUCAGUGAAUACAUGUUGAGUUAGUAAAGGAGAACAAACCGUUCAUUUAUCACAAUAUUAGGGAGGAAAAUGAGGUCCACUCUGGGAAAGGUUGGUCACUGGUACAGCUGGGCAGCACUGUAUACUGUAUUAUGAUGUCCCUUUUGACCUGCAAACUAUGAGUCACGGGUAUGAUUAUCAAGAAGCAAGAAGCGGGAAACACUCAGAAAGGUUAAUCAUUUUGCAUAAACUUUUCCAAGUGGCUCCAGAAGCAGAUACUCCAUGUUUGCAGCUGUCCUGUGAGCACGUACAGUUUUGGCACGAGAGCAGUUGCACCAUGCCCUACAUCUAAACAGGCAUGAUCUGACUUACAUAAUGUUGGGGAAGAUUCACUUGCUGGAGGGAAACUUGGACAAAGCCAUUGAAAUCUACAAGAAAGCUGUGGAAUUCUCACCGGAAAAUACAGAACUUCUUACAACUCUAGGAUUACUCUACUUACAGCUUGGCCUCUACCAGAAGGCAUUUGAACACCUUGGAAACGCACUGACGUAUGACCCCACCAACUACAAGGCCAUCUUGGCAGCAGGCAGCAUGAUGCAGACCCAUGGAGAUUUUGAUGUUGCCCUCACCAAAUACAGAGUUGUAGCUUGUGCUGUUCCAGAAAGCCCUCCACUCUGGAAUAACAUUGGAAUGUGUUUCUUUGGCAAGAAGAAAUACGUAGCAGCUAUCAGCUGCCUGAAACGAGCCAACUACUUGGCACCCUUUGAUUGGAAGAUUCUCUAUAAUCUGGGCCUCGUCCACUUGACCAUGCAGCAGUAUGCAUCAGCUUUCCAUUUUCUCAGUGCAGCCAUCAACUUCCAGCCAAAGAUGGGGGAGCUCUACAUGCUCUUGGCUGUGGCUCUGACCAAUCUCGAAGAUACUGAGAAUGCCAAGAGAGCCUACGCAGAAGCAGUCCACCUGGAUAAGUGUAACCCUUUAGUGAACCUCAACUACGCUGUGCUGCUGUACAACCAGGGCAGGAAGAGGGACGCCCUGGCCCAGUAUCAGGAGAUGGAGAAGAAAGUCAGCCUACUCAAGGACAGCAGCUCUCUGGAAUUUGACUCUGAGAUGGUGGAGGUGGCUCAGAAGCUGGGAGCUGCUCUCCACGUUGGGGAGACCCUGGUUUGGACUAAACCAGCUAAAGAUCCCAGAUCACAGCACCGGACCGCCUCAACCAGCAAAGCCGCCUGUUUCCAGCAGCCCCUGGGCUCCAAUCAGGCCCUAGGACAGGCCAUGUCUUCAGCGGCUGCAUACAGGAAGCUCCCCUCAGAGAGAGGGGAAAGGAGGGAGAAAGAAGAGAGAAACAUCGAUGUGUGAGACAAACAUUGAUUGGUUGCCUCCUGCACAUGCUGUGACCAAGGACUGAACCCACAACCCAAGCAUGUGUCCUGACCAGGAAUCAAACUGGCAGCCUUUUGCUUUGUGGGAUGAAGCCCAGCCAACUGAGCCAUACCAGUCAGGGCUUAACCAAGGAAUUCUAAGACCAUCAAUGGUACCACUGAUGAAAUGCUAUCAACGUACUAUCUAUGUCCUUUUUAGAAUAAAGAUUAUGUAUCAUCA